AUGCCAUUGCCUAUCCUCGCUGAGGGCGCCACUCGAGGGCUCUCAGCUAUCCCAUAUGGGUAUACUGUCUUAAAAAUAGCGGCGGGUCUUGCCGUGAUAACGGCUUUAAAACGAUAUUUUGGAGGAGCCACAAACAGGUCGGACCGAGUAAUGCACUCUAAAGUGGUGAUGGUUACGGGCGGAACUUCAGGAAUUGGUGCAGCGGUCGUACGAGCUCUUGCAAGCCGGGGGGCUCAAGUGAUAAUACUUUCCCAACACUCGCCUUCCGACCCAUUCAUCGUCGAUUACAUCGAAGAUCUCCGUGCUUCGACUGGCAACGAACUCAUAUACGCUGAACAGGUCGACCUUUCGUCAUUAUACUCCAUUCGGCUGUUCGCAACAAAGUGGAUUGAUAACAGCCCUGUACGGCGACUUGAUAUGGUUGUACUUUGCGCGAAUACUCAAAAACCACCGUCUUCUCGAGCAUCCCAUGGAACAAGUGAGGGACUGCAGGAAGAAUGGCAAGUAAACUAUCUUGCAAACUACCAUUUAUUGAGCAUUCUGAGCCCUGCUCUACGAGCACAGCCUCCAGACCGAGAUGUACGAGUCAUAUUCACUACCUGCUCAAGUUAUAUUGGGGCCAAUAAACUAGACUUGAAAGUAUUGGAAAAGGCAACAGUCGUCCAAAGUCCCGCUAAGCCACCGACAAAUAACCGGACGAAAACGGGGCCCCAGUCACUUGUAUCGAGUAGUGGUAUGUACGCGACGUCUAAGCUCGCACUGAUGAUAUUUGCACGUUCAUUUCAGCAACACUUAACUUAUACCCCCCGAACCGACAAACAAAACAACCCUCUUCCACCACCGCCAGCUCGUGUCUUAGUUGUGGAUCCGGGUUUUUGCAGGACACCGGGAACCCGUCGAUGGCUAACCGGAGGCUCAUUAUGGGGCUUAUUGAUUUAUCUUAUAACUUGGCCAAUAUGGUGGCUUGUGCUCAAAUCACCUGAACAAGGUGCCCAGAGCAUUCUUAUGGCUGCAAUGGAGGCUAAUUUUAGCGGUGUGGGAAACACAGUUGCCGUUAGCCUUGAUGAUAUACAGAAGAUGGCAGGUGAAAAUAGUGAUAUGACGGGCCGUAAGAAAGUAGGAAUCGAGGGCGGAACCCUGUUAAAAGAAUGCAAGGAACGCCAUGUUCUCCGGAGUGAGAUCAUGGAUGAGAAAGCAGGCAAAGAACUAUGGGAGUUCAGCCAGCGACAGAUUGAGCACAAGGAGAAAGAAUCUGCUCUACUUAGGGCAAUGGAAAAGAAAGCGAAAGAGGAGGAAGAAAAGGAAAAGAGCAAACAGCGAUCAUCUUCGAAAAAGUCUGAGAAUUCAGCUGAAGCAAAGAAGAAGAAAUGA